AUGGGCUCACCGGUGGUCCAGUACUGGCUAGCCAAUGCGGUUCUAAGCAAUCGGGGCUCUGCAGGAGCCAGUGGAGAGUCAUCUUCGGGAGAUGAAACCGGCUCUGGGGACAGCGAGAACUCUGAAUCAGAGUCCGAGUUCAGUGAGGACCCCGCGGACGAGCCAGUGAAGGAGCCCGAGCCCAAAGGUUCCAAGCAUCCAUCGGAUGCCUCGGAGGUCAAGGAGUCGGGAACAACGGCUUCUGAUUUGCCACGUCUGAGCAGCCGAAGCAUGAGAGAUCGCCCGCUGCCGCCGGUGCCCCACUUCCUUGACUCCUCGGAGGCAGAGAGCAUAAUGGCGGAGCUGGCUCACCAGGAGGCGGUGCUAAAGGAGUUACAGGUCAUGGAAGAGCUUCAUGCCGAAGAACUUGAGUUGGCCAAGUUGCUUUCUAGAUUGGAUCUUGACCAGCCCGAUGCCCUGCUACCCUCCAAAACCACAAUCUGUCCCGAUCAGGUGGACACGCUCCCCAUGUCUUGGGAUGAUCCCUGCGCUGUGCCUUGGGUUCCUCCGGUUGAGCCCUUGUUGGAGGAUGCUUCGAAGCUUGAAGCUGAUAGCUGGGCAGAGCUCGGCUUGCACCCGUAUGACGGUGACGGUGAAAGCUGCGACGCAAAGCCAGCACUGCAUCGAGCUGUGAACAUGGAUGAAGAGGCUCCCGAGCCCCCCAGUCCAGCAGCAUCUGUGAAAGAUGCUACUAUGGAUGAUUGCGGUGAAGUGCAAGCUGCUCCUGAGCCUACCGGUUCCAUUGCAGAAGAUGCUAUCGCAGAUGAUGCCAAAGCAGAUGAGAGUGCUGCUGAGCCUACCGGUUCUGCUGCAGAAGGUGCUAUCGCAGAUGACACCGAAGCAGAUGAGAGUGCUGCUGAGCCUACCGGUUCCACGGCAGAACAGGCUAUCGCAGAUGGCACCGAAGCAGAUCAGGCUGCUCGAGAGCCCUCGAGUCCAGAUGCUAUCAUGGACGGUGAGGCAGAGACGUCUUCGGCAGAGCCGGCUGCGUUGAAGCCCCCCGCUUGCUUGAAAGCGCUCAUGCCCAUCUCACCGGCAGACCAGACGAAGCUUCUCAAGCCCGAUCGGGAAGAUGAGUUGUCGGAUGACGGGGGUGCUAAGCGGUCCAGGGCUUCCUCUGAGUCUGACCAUGACAUCGUCAAGAAGGCCAAGGCAAAGGCCAAGGCCAAAGGCAAAGCAGUUUCCAAGCAUGGGGUGGAGGAUGAGGGCCGCGAAGGCCAGGAUGAAGCAUCGGAGGAGCAGCCCGCCAAGAGGAAACGGCGAUCCAGCAAGGAAUCCGAGCACCCAACCAAGAAGGCCAAGUGCAUGAGGGAUGCAAGUGACGACGCCUCGGACAAGGACGAGGAGGACUCGGUUGAAGCCGGCUUCACCGUCAAGGGAUCUACCAAGCUAUCCCCAGCAUCCAAGAGGGCUGCUAUCACAAAGGCUGGUGGCAGGGUGGUGUGUGGCAGGAAGGCAACCAGGGCUGCUGAGGAUUGCAAGAAGCCGACCAAGGCUGCUGAGGAUCGCAAGAAGUCGACCAAGACUGGUGAGGAUCGCAAGAACUCGACCAAGGGUGGUGAGGAUCGCAAGAAGUCAACCAAGGGUGGUGAGGAUCGCAAGAAGUCAACCAAGAACGGCGAGGAUCGUGGCAAGAAGCCGGGCAAGGCCGGUGGCGAUGUCGGUGAAACUGGGUCCAAGUCUGCGGAGACAAAGGCUAGGCUAUCCAGAAAAUCCGUUGCGUACCACAAGGCUAGGGCUGCGGCGAAAGCCGCUGGAGCUUCAGACGAGCAGGCCAAAGAGGCUGCAAAGAAGGUUUCCCGCCACGCAACUAAGUAA